AUGAGCACUCUUGUAUUACCAGAACUAAGACACUCUAAAAGCUUGAAGAAGUUGCCCGAGCAGGGUAUCCCCACAAGAAGCACGACAAGGCUACUGACUCUCCCCAGCAACUUCCCCUCUCAAAGAAGUUCAGCGAUGCUGACUCCAACAUUGAGCCUUAAUUUCAUAGACAACAAGCUUCUUUCCCCAAAGGCUCACAACAACAAAAACACAUUCAAAGAAGGCGGAAUCAAGCCUUUCUUCAUCUCUCAAGAAAAUCGUGCUAAGUUUUCAGUUAAUUCUUAUGGGGUUACAAAAGCUUAUGCAGUAAUCACCCACCCUGGGCUGGUAAGAAACUACAACGAAGACAGAGCUUGCAUCAGCAUCAAUAUGCUGAAAAAGCAGUCCAACUCAGAAAAGUCUUUUCCAAAGUGCUCAUACUUCGGGAUUUUUGAUGGCCAUGGAGGAUCAUCAUGUGCUGAUUUCUUAAUCCCCUCUCCUCAGUGAGCCAACAAAAAAAAUUUUGUUCGCUCACAAAGGGGGUUAAUUUUUUUUUAAAAAAAUUAUAUCAACAAUUUUUUUUCAAAAUUUAAAAAUCCCAAUUCACCAAAACUGGAAAGCAAAUAUCAAAAUGCAAUUUGUUUUUAGUUAAACAAUUUUCUAGAUAUUUCAUUAUACUAACUAUUACUUAUAUAUCAAGUUGUUUUUCCCUGAUUAAAAAUUUUUGUUUGCUCACGGAGGGGUGGGUUUAUGGGCAAAAAAUAGAUUUUUUUCCAAUGGUUUUGUUCGCUUACGAAGUAAGGGGAGUUAAGAAACAACUUGCAUCAGUACAUCAUCCAAGAACAAAGCUUCCCCAACAAUCCUAAGCUGGCUAUUGAAAAAGCGUGUGCUAAAGCUGAACAAGAGUUCAUGAAGCGUGCUCAAGGCGAGGUGAUAGAUCUAUCAGGAAGCUGCUGCAUUUUUGCACUUUUUGUAGGAGACACAUGCUAUAUAGCCAAUGUCGGCGACUCUCGGGCUAUUUUAUGCUGUGAAAGAGGAAGCAAAGUAAAAGCUUUGUCACGCGACCACAAGCCUUCGGAUGAAAUUGAAAAGUGCCGAAUCAUAGAAGCGGGUGGUUCUUUGUAUCAGACUCCAUUUGGAUAUAAUAAGCUGGGCCCAGUUAGGGUGAAUCCUGGAAGACUUUCAGUAGCAAGGACUUUUGGAGACAUAGAAGCCAAGAUGCCUAGUAUGGGUGGAAUUUCAAACGUGAUCAUAUCUGAGCCUGAGAUAAAAUCAUUCAAAAUUACAGAUGACUGCGAUUUCAUCGUCCUGGGAUCAGAUGGGAUCUUCGAUCAACUUACCAACAAAGAAAUAGCAACUCAGGCGUGGAGAGCUGAUUGCUGGGAAAGCGAAAACAUUCAUCAUAGAUGUGGUGCUGCUGUAGAGUCAAUUCUGCAACUUGCAUUUGAAAGAAGAUCCACAGAUAACCUUACAACUAUUAUAAUUGCUCUAAAAGGUUUCAAAAGAGCAGCCAAAAGUAGAUUAAGACACAGGAUCACCCCUGUAGUUUAG